AUUUAAUAGGACCCCAGCGCCUGCAAGAAAACAGAAGAGAAACUUCUGAGAUUGUAGCGUUUAAUAACUAAAUAAAUCAUGUUUAUUUCUUCACAAAGUUCCGCAACUGUAUUUAAAGAUGUGACGCUCAUAAUGCCAGCAGUGGCUGUAGGUAAUGUGGGCCAGCUGGCGGUGGACCUCAUCAUUUCAACCUUAAAUUUACGCCGAGUGGGUUACCUGCACACGGACUGCCUCAUUCCCAUGGCGGGGAAUAACCCGUUCGCCACCUGCAAGGACCCAGAGGAGCUGCACACAGCUGCAGAAGUUUACACUGCAUCCGAUCUCAAACUGGCCGUUCUUCAGAUUAGGGCCCCGAUUGUGAAGGCAAAAUCCAAAAAGUUUCGUCAGCUGCUACUGUCAUGGAUCAAAACUAGUGGUUUCUCCAGGACGAUCGUUCUGUCCAGCAGCCAUGACUACCAGAGGGAUGACCAGCAGCUGCAAGGAACUCCUUUGAGGUACUUGAUCACACCGAGCCUCAUGAAAGAGAGUGCAGAUGCCCUGAAGGAGCUGGGCUGGUUGGAGAUGGAGAGCGUCCCAGGUAGUCAAGGUUGUUCAGACGCCAACACGGAGCCGCGACUUUUCGUCCCCGGUGGGGGUAUCACCAAAGGGCUUUACACAGACAGUUGCGCUAAGGAGUUCCCGCUGGCUGUGCUGCUCAUCUUCUGCUCGGAGGGAGACAACAUCCCCGAUGCCUUCACACUCCUCAAUCACCUCAACGACUGGCUUCACCUGCUGGACAGCCCUAAGCAAGACGCCAAAAAAUGGAAGAUCCCAGCAUCCUGGAGUCUCCUCUUUGGGGGUGGCAUCCCCCCAGCACUCUUCUGAAAAAUCUUAAGACAUAACCCGCCGCUUUGUCAUUGAAACAUAAUGACAUACAGGAACUGACUACUUCUGCAACCAUUUUGAGGGUUUUGUGUUUCAAUUGGUGGGGGGAGACCACAAGAGCAAAGCUUGUGUGAAUGUUUGAGUAUUUCCCUGUUGGACAUCAUUCAGCCCGACUAACUGAAAAUGUUUGGCUGGGUGCCAUGCGGUGUUCCCAGCAUUCCCGCCUGUGUAACACGACUCUUGCAACAAUACGCUGACAGCACUAACAUGUUCAUUGAAAUAAGACUGGCGAGAAAAGUAAAAAAUAUUUCCUCAAAAAUUAUAAAACAUUAAAAUAACUUUGCUCAAUCGCAGGUUUAAGCAGAGGUAAACUAGAUACCAGUUUUAUUAGAAGAUAACACUAACUUUUCCAAAAUAAGAAAUCGUCAUCAAAUGUAAUUCAUGUGUAACAAUACUUUUGUUUUUUGAGUUGAACAAAAAAAUAUAUACAUGCCACUGACUUUUACCGCAUCGCUGUGGAAAACUUCAAGUACUCUUAUAAAAAAUAGAAACAUUUUCAUUUCCACCCCUGGAAAAAUACACAUUUAUAAAACAGCAAUGCAUAGCAAUUGUUUCAGUCUGUAUAAAUGUAGUAAAACUACGCUGGUGUCUGCUUGAGUAAUGUCUGUGUGUGUUAACAGUUUGGAGAGUGAUGAUGAGGAAGUGUGCUGAAGAGCUAAAACCUAAAUUUGGAUGGAUGAGGAACGCUCGUGGAAGUGAGGCCAGCUGGUGUUUUCUGCCGAUGUUUUGCUGCCGGCAAUGCCCUUUAAUGUAACUUUGGUUGGCAUAGAGAGCAGAAGUCAAGAGUCGAUGGUUUUUGCUCUGGAAGAGACAAAAAAAUCACAGGUACCAGUUAAGACCAAACGACGCCUCACAGAUCAUACAUAAAACAAGCAUUCAACUAGAAGUGUAUACCUGGAGACGACCACAACAUAUCCCCCAGAACAUCUGCAUUGUUUGCCCAAAGCAUUCCAUUAAGUACAGUUGUGCCACCUAGUGGAGAGGGUGCUAAUUACACCUUCAAUCAAAACCUUUUCACAGAAGGCCUGCUUCUCCAUCAUGGAGAUUGCAACCUCUUGUGGCCUAGCGCCUUCAAAGCAUUUUUAUAAACUUUUCAGACCACCUCAAGUGAACAAGAUGGAUGACUUAAUAGCCAAUGCAAAAAAUAAUACAGGAGGGGGGGCAAAAGCAAUCCAAUGUAGGUAAAGAUAUGAGCGCACGUGCAUUUCAGCUAUCAUAAAUAAGUUUGCAGUCCUGCUCUUACACACCAACACACACUCAUGCCGGAGUGCGUAAAGAAAAUAAAAAAAAGUCAAACUGUUGCCUGUCAACUCAGAAAAAACAAACACAGCAGACACACCGCAUAUGUGACGUAGUAGACACCGGUGGCUUGAGUAUAUAAAGUGUGGGGGAGGGGUUGCAUACAUACGCCGGGUCAUGUGCAGCAAAUGCAGCCCAAACUGUUCAAGAAGAGAACAGCAGAUUGAGCAUGGUGAUGAUGGGAGGACCGACUCGCAUGUGACAGCAAACGGGUCUCGACAAAAAAGACAAUCCCAUUUUCGUUUUCAAACAAGGAGGCGCUGAGAGAGCCUAAUCACCUUUUCCUCUUCCUCUCAGCGUCGCUUGUCCUUUGGCCUGUUUUGACUGCGGCCGUUACAUAUAAGCCGUCGUCUCUGCGUCGUUUUCUGCGUGAAAAAAGACAUUUAAAAAAAGGUUAUCGUCGCAAUGUGAAUGAAUGCUGCAAGAGCUUGUGUACACCCACUGUGCUGUUGUGCUGUUGUCCUUAUCCCUGCAAGGGGAUUCUGUUUGGCUCUUGCCGUCCUGCCGGUAAUCUUCUUGCUCAUCGGGCGGCGGCGUCUGCUGGCUGCCGUUGCAUCGCUCUGUGGGACUGUGGACUUGCGGCUGGAUGGAGGGAGGGGAGUCAGUUGCGGGUGCCUGGUCUUCCCGGGACAACUCUCGCCAUUGAUUCUGUGUGGAAAGAACUAGAAUGUAAAUACAAUUUACAAUCUGGCUAAUACAGUGCUUGUGUUGUUGUGAACACCUGCACCGUGGAGUCUCCCAUGAUGCUCUUGGUUCCUUCUAGCACUGCCAUGAAGGAAAAGCGCAGCUGGUCAGGAGUCUGAAUAAGACCCAUGCGGUAUUUCCUCAUGUCCAGAAGAAUCUUUUUUAUGUCCACUGACGGCUCUUUUCUCUUGUCCAUCUGCAUGAAAACAACUUUUUUUAU